AUGCCAGGAACAGCUUUAGGUUAUUUGGAAACCAUAGAUGUGGUAGAUUUAGAUAGUAAUGGUGAUUCAGGGGUCGGCGGCUACUCCAAACUUUUAGCAAUACGUAAACACUCCAUUCUGAAAUUAGGACGUAAUGGAAAAGAAUGCGAUUUAGUUGUAGAGGACCCUGCUAUUUCAUCGAUACACUGCAUAUUUUGGGCGGUUCUGUUCGAUGAAGAAUCAACACCAAUGUGUUACAUUAAGGAUUGCUCUCUGAAUGGAACUUACUUGAAUGGUCUCAUGUUGAAGAAAAAUACAACGUAUCUAUUACAAGAUGGUGAUAUUGUUGAACUGUGUCGUGGUGGUGGAAAGUUCAAAUUUAUCAAUGAAUCACAAAGAAUCAACAAUAAAUUACUACAACAACUGGGGUUUGAAGAUAAAGUAGAACAAUGGCGAGUCACACCAAAAGUAAUUGGUAAUGGUACAUUUGGACACGUUCUAAUUGCAUACAAGGAUUCAAGAGAUGAAAAUACGAAUAACAGAGACAAAUGGUCUCCAGAAAACUACGCAGUGAAAAUCAUUAAAUUAAAACCAAAUAAGUUGGACAAAGAGGCUAAAAUUUUAUUAAAGUUGAACCAUCCAAAUAUCAUUAAAGUUCACCACACUUAUUGUGAUCUAAGGGACAAUCUGUACAUCUUUCAAGAUUUAAUACCUGGCGGAGAUCUAUUUUCAUACUUGGCUAAAAGUGACUGUUUGACUUCAGUAUCGGAGACAGAAUCUCUUAUAAUAGUGUACCAAAUAUUAAAUGCACUCAAGUAUCUGCACGAUCGAGGUAUUGUCCAUCGUGAUCUUAAAUUGGACAACAUUUUGCUAUGUUCACCAGAGCCAUGCACUAGAAUAGUCCUAGCGGACUUUGGUAUCGCCAAAGAUUUAUCUACUGCGAAGACAAGAAUGCAUACAGUGGUUGGUACUCCCGAAUAUUGUGCUCCUGAGGUUGGAUUCAGAGCUAGUAGAAAGGCAUACCAAUCCUUCUCCCGCGCGGCUACACUGGAACAAAAAGGUUACGAUAGCAAGUGUGACCUGUGGUCACUAGGAGUUAUUACACAUAUCAUGUUAACUGGUAUUUCACCAUUCUAUGGAGAUGGUACUGAAAGAAGUAUUAUUCAAAAUGCCAAAGUCGGGAAAUUAAAUUUUAACGCCAAACAAUGGGACGUGGUAGCCGAUACCGCCAAGGAUUUCGUUCGUAAGCUUUUAGAAGUGGACGUUAACAAAAGACUGGAUAGUAAUAGAAGUCUUAAACAUCCUUGGAUCUCUAAGCACCAUGAGCAAUUAAAGAAGAUAUACUCCAAGAAGAUUUUAAAUGGUGUGGAACCCGAAGAGUCGGAACCUAAUGAAUUAGAGAAAAAGUCCGAAUGGAAACGUAAAUUACCUAAAUGCAUUAUGCUGGAUCAAACUAUUCCUAACAAAAAGAGGCAAAGGACGAAUAUUUAA